UUACAAUGUCAUCGUUUCGUGUUGUAUAGUUGGUUGCUAAGGAACACACUGUUAUACAAACAACAUGCAUUAUAGUAGCAAAUGUUCUAUAUGAAAUCUGUUUACGCUUAGGUGUUUACCGAUGCUGGGCAAACGGUAUUUGCUGUCAAAUUAUUGGAAUAUUCUAUUGUUUAUAUUGAGCAUGCGCCACGAUAGAGAGCGAAAAGUGCACCAAAAAAACCGAAAAUAGAUUUUCAACCGUCGAAUGUGCGCGAAUGAUCUAGAUCGCCGGCAGUCAAAUUAGACUGAGUUUAUAAGCUGAACAGAAAACACAUUUGUCAAUCAAGUUUGAAAAGAAUUCGAAUAAAGAAAUAAUAAUGGGUGCGGAGGAGAACUUUAAAAUUCAACAGAAGGAAUCGGUGGGUCGUUAUGCAACGGCAACCAAAGCACUGUCCGCCGGAUCGGUUGUCUUUGAAGAAAUUCCAUUUGUGGUUGGACCAAAUCCAAACACCAGAGCCGUUUGCUUGGAAUGCUGUGCACCGCUCGAUGGAACUGUCAACGGUACAAGGUGUAAUAAGUGCGGGUGGCCGAUGUGCGACGACUGCAAAUUGAACUCGGACCGAAAACAUCAUGCCAAAGAGUGUGACCUGUUUGUACAAAAUAAGGUUAAGUUUCACAAUUUGGUGACACCACAUCAGAUGUGCUUGCAGUUGGAUUGUAUUACACCGUUGAGAAUUUGUUUGGAAAAAGAAGCAAAUCCGGAGCGAUGGGAGAAGGAAAUCUCAAAAAUGGAAUUUCAUGAGCAGAUCCGGAAAGAUUCAGUGAUAUGGAAAGCGGAUGAGGUAAAUGUGGUUGGCUACCUACAUGGCCCGUGCAAAUUGAAAGAUCGCUUCCCGGCGGAGUUGAUUCAACAAGCUUGUGGCAUUUUAGAAGUGAACUCUUUCGAAGCAAAAACAGCCAAAGGUCAUAAAAUUCGUGGAAUUUAUCCGAAUGCAGCAAUCCUAGCUCAUUCAUGCGUACCGAAUACAACACACUCCAUUUUGCCGACCAAGAACUACAAGCUCACCAUGCGAACAACGGUCAACGUAAAAGAAGGUCAAGAGCUAUAUACAACGUAUACAUACAUUUUGAGCGGAACCAGAGUGCGACAGGAUCAUUUGAAGAAGGGAAAAUUCUUCACCUGCAAAUGUGAACGCUGCUCGGAUCCAACCGAAUUGGGCACACAUUUCAGUUCACUUUUGUGCAAGAAAUGCGACAACGGCGAGAUUAUUUCGACCAAACCACUUGAUGAGUCAGCCGAAUGGAAAUGUCAAAAGUGUUCGUUCACAACACCGGGAUCAGCUGUGGUCACGGUGGUCACCACGAUUGAAAGUGAAAUUGAGCAAUUGCAAGAGCUCGAAACAUCCAUCGAAAACAUCAAACUGUGUGAGAAUGUGUUGACAAAGUACAGCAAAAUUCUGCACCCAAACCAUUAUCUUCUCGUGAACUUGAAGGAAAAUCUCAUCGAUAUGUACGGUUGGCAGUUGAGUAAUCAAAUUGACAACGAUGCCACUAUCAUCGAGUGUUUGGACCGAAAAAUUACCCUUUGCAAAGAGGUGUUGAGCGUAUUGAAUGUCAUUCAACCAGGCUUAAAUCGUGCCCGGGCAAUGUUGAUUUAUGAGACUUACACAUCAAUUGGAGCCAUUAUCAAAAAGAAUUCCGCCUCAGUGACCAAUCGUAGCCAACACAUUGAAGAAGCCAAGCGGUUAUUGAGUGAAUGUUUGACUAUCUUUGAGUGGGAAGAUGAAUCAAGUUUGGAAUUUUACUUGGCUGACAUUUGCCGUAAAAUCGCCGACGAACUACGAUCCAUGGAAGAGUUCAAUUUAGAUGAUUGAACCGAUCUUGUAAUGGAAAAAAAAUAAUGUUAGGAAAUUGAGUGUAUUCUAAAAAUUGUAUUGUUUAUUGAACAAUGAUUUUGUAUUGAGUAUGAAAAAAAAUCUCGAACUUUCGUUUCACAAAAUUA